GCCCUGCCCUGCGCGUCCGUCCUCCCUCAGCCCUGCUCGUGCGGAGCGGCUGGUGGCUUGUUUUUGUGUGACGUCAGCUCCUCGGUAUCCAUGCCGUGUUUUAGUUUGUGCCUCAGCUGCCGGCUACAGCUUCCCGGGGGAGCCGGUACCACCCGGGCCUGAGACACGAGGAGGCAGGGAUGUGAGGGGGGGCGCAGCUCGGCCAGCCUGCCCCCAGAAGCCGCUCUCCAGCAGAAGUCCACCCUGCCUGUUGUCAGUCGGGAGACGGGGCCGCAGCCUCGGCUGGCGAGGGAGGAAGAUGCCUCCCUGCACGCCCACCCUCCGCCGAGCAUAAAGAAUCCCUGGCUGAGGAGGCAGGAGAAGAAAGCGAGUCCAUCUACCGCCGGGGAGCCAGGAGAUGGAGGAAGCUGUACCAGGCCAACGGCCACCUCUUCCAGGCCAAGCGCUUUAACAGGAAGGCGUACUGUGGCCAGUGCAGUGAAAGGAUAUGGGGCCUCGCCAGGCAGGGCUACAGGUGCGUCCACUGCAAGCUGCUGGUCCAUAAGCGCUGCCACGGCCUCGUCCCGCUGACCUGCAGAAGGCUUAUGGAUUCUGUCAUGCCUUCCCAGGAGCCUCCAGUAGCUGAGAAGAGCGACGGCGUGGACCUUCCCUCGGAGGAGACCGAUGGAAUUGCGUACAUUUCUUCCUCCCGGAAGCACGAGGGCAUCAAAGACGAUUCCGAGGACCUGAAACCUGUCAUCGAUGGGGUCGACGGGAUCAAGAUCUCUCAGGGGCUCGGGCUGCAGGACUUCGACCUCAUCAGGGUCAUCGGGCGCGGCAGCUACGCCAAGGUCCUCCUGGUGCGGCUCAAGAAGAACGACCAGGUCUACGCCAUGAAGGUGGUCAAGAAGGAGCUGGUCCACGACGACGAGGAUAUCGACUGGGUGCAGACAGAGAAGCACGUGUUUGAGCAGGCAUCCAGCAACCCCUUCCUCGUCGGCUUACACUCCUGCUUCCAGACAACCAGCAGGUUGUUCCUGGUCAUAGAGUACGUCAACGGUGGGGACCUCAUGUUCCACAUGCAGAGACAGAGGAAGCUCCCGGAGGAACACGCCAGGUUCUACGCGGCUGAGAUCUGCAUUGCUCUCAACUUCUUGCAUGAGAGAGGGAUCAUCUACCGGGACCUGAAGCUGGACAAUGUGCUUCUGGACGCUGAUGGACACAUCAAGCUGACAGACUACGGCAUGUGCAAGGAAGGCCUGGGCCCUGGGGACACCACCAGCACUUUCUGCGGAACCCCAAAUUACAUCGCCCCGGAAAUCCUGCGGGGAGAGGAGUACGGGUUCAGCGUGGACUGGUGGGCGCUGGGCGUCCUCAUGUUCGAGAUGAUGGCCGGGCGCUCCCCCUUCGACAUCAUCACCGACAACCCUGACAUGAACACAGAGGACUACCUUUUCCAAGUUAUCCUGGAGAAGCCGAUCCGCAUCCCCCGGUUCCUCUCCGUCAAAGCCUCCCACGUCUUGAAAGGAUUCCUAAACAAGGACCCCAAGGAGAGGCUCGGCUGCCGGCCACAGACUGGCUUUUCGGACAUCAAGUCCCACGCCUUCUUCCGCAGCAUCGACUGGGACCUGCUAGAGAAGAAGCAGGCCCUGCCUCCCUUCCAGCCGCAGAUCACCGAUGACUACGGCCUGGACAAUUUUGACACGCAGUUCACCAGCGAGCCCGUGCAGCUGACCCCAGAUGAUGAGGACGUCAUAAAGAGGAUCGACCAGUCUGAGUUCGAAGGCUUCGAGUACAUCAACCCGCUUCUGCUGUCCACCGAGGAGUCCGUGUGAGGCCUCGUCCAUCUCUGCCGUGGACAUACCUGUGAAUGACCCCGUGACCUCAUCCUUCACCACAGCAUAUGCAUGCCAGGCUGGGCACGAGGCUCUGGGCAGCCAGGGAGGGACGCUGGCCCGAGACUGUGGAGGGAGACAUCCCCUCAGGCGGGCGCCUCUGGGCAGAGCAGCCUCUUGCAUCUGGGCCUGGAGAGGCCGGCUUCGUGCUGGGGAAUGGCUUCUUGGACCUGUGCGGUGGGCCACCGCGGCGCCACCCCGGCGGAGACUGGCCAUCUCGAAGGUGCACCUUUUCCACAGAAGCAGGACUCGAGGCACUGACGUGCUCCUCCAGGAGUUAGUGUUGUGUCCUGAGGAAUAAAGUGUCCCGGUGGUGGCCAGCGUCCCUCUGAUGCCUUUUUUCCGAGUGGCACCUGCAGAUGCAGCCCAGAUGUGAGGAGGAGCCGAGCUUGGGAGCAGUCGGGAUGUGGGUGGGGGACGGGGUCCAAGUGCCUGCAGGGGUACACUGCACAAGGAACCUUUGCCGAUUCGGAACGUUUUCUAGAUCCCGGUAAGUUCCUGACGUGACAUUUACAAGCAUUCCCCCACCACGCGCAUGACCAGCCGCGGCAGUGGGCUGGUCCUGAUGCCCUGGCCAGAGCGGCAGAGCUGACCUGCCCGCUCCAUGGACCCGGUGGGGAAGUUGGGAUCCCAGAGAUGCUGAGACGCCGCUCACCAAAGCACGAGUAGACCAAAAAAAGGAAAAAUAAAAUCUGAAAACGAAA